UUAUAUUACAGCAUUCAAUGUAUUAAUAAACUGUGCAUAUUAAAUGUUAAUAAAAAGAAAUAUGGAGAAAUUUUCAGUUGGUGCAGACUCGUACCAUCUUUUGAAUGAUAAUGAAGUUCCAUUUGCUUCGAGAUUAAAGCUCUGUCGUGUCCUUUGGAUUUCAAAUGAAUUCGUUUUGGCAAGAAAGUAUCAGUUGCUAUUGAAUUGGCUGGGCACUCAGUUAACAUCUCUUGUAUCAAAUUCUUCAGAUUUCACUGCUGCUAUACACACAUUUAAAGAUUUUUUGACUUCAAAAUGUCUUGUUGAAGAAUUGCCUGAUUUAAAAACUGUGACCGUCAAGCCUGCUGUUACACAGACUAUAUCGGAAUAUCUGCAAAAUCAAGAUAAUAAUUUUGGCGACAUGAGAGAAUGUCUUCGAUCAAUUGGGGAAAUCUUACUGACGAAUGAUAAAAUAAUAUGCAAUAUCUCAUCACAGUUUGAGGCGUUGUCAGCCUAUACUUCAACCUGGAUCAAUUUUGUCAAAUUACAAAUGAAGAAUUCUACAAAUCACACGGAACUCAAUGACUUUUUAGAUCAUGUUAGAUUUCUUUUGGAAAAGAACUUGAAAUUGAUGAAAGGUUACAAUGCCAAUAAAAAAUCUCUCAUGCCAUUUUGCAAGCAUCUGUUGCUGCCUGUGUUGGAACUGCAUUGUGAUUGUACUAAUAUAGAAAAAACAGAGCAUGAUGUCAUUGCAACUCUUUUAUCAGUGUUGGAAAAGACCAUUUUAACAGCAUUAUUUUCAGAAGAAAAUAGGAAAAUCUAUGAUGACCUUAUUUCUGAUGAAUUUGGCACAAAAAAUGAUGUUGAAACUGAUGAAACGAGACGCAGGUCGAAGAAAUUUCAAAGAUCAAAGAGACUUAACUUGGUUAUGGGUGUGCUACAAAAUAUAUCUCAAAAGGAGCAAACUGAUGGAAAAGUUGGUGAAAAUUGUAUUACCUUAUUUUUCAAACUUUUCCUCAUUUAUGCUAAAGUAAAGUCUGAAGUGAAGAUCAAAAUGUUGAAGGAAUUGACUAAUAUUGCAUGUGUUCAUCAAACAAAAUGUCGUGAUAUUACUUCUUGUGACAAAUUGAAUAUUGCCCUGCUUUGUGGACUAUUAAAGAUGGCAGAUUUAUACAGAUUAUAUCAACCUGCUGUCGAUAAAAAUCUAAGUGAAGAUUUACUGCAAUGGAUGAAGAAAAUUACAGAAUCCCUUGUCACUAAUUAUAAGCCAUGUUGCCAGUGGUUGUCUUGUAUGAUGGUAACGGCUGAAAUUGACAAAUCAAUUGUUGAGCCAUGGAUGAAGUCAAUCAUAAUCAAAUCCGUCAGUAAAGACUCAUCCAAUACAAUUCCUUUAAAAAAUAUUUUUGAAAUGGUUGACUGCUUUGUUGAUGUUUAUAUUAAGAUUCGACAGUCUGUCAGAUUGGUCAACAUUGUGAUACUUGUACUUGAAAGUGCUGUUGAAUAUAAUACAUCCCAAAACAUUGAUACAAAACGUUUAAUAAACAUUGCUGAGGAAUUUGGCAACUGUCUCGGAAAAAUGUUUGCUUCAAAGUUGUCUCCAAGUUUAGUUAUUGAGAUUUGGUCAACUAUUCUUGUAAGGAUUUCACAAAAAGUUGAAGAAAUUUCGAAAAAUCCAGUGGAGGGUUACAACGAAAACACUCAAUCUUCCACUCUUGGAUUCCUCAAUAUGUUGUUUAAAUUACUUCACAAAGUUGUUUCAAAGACACCUAUAUUUACACUUUGGAAUCAUUUGACAGUUCGUGAAAAAUUCAAAGAAAACAUUUCGUCUUUAAAAUCAUCAAGAAAGGCUUUGCAAGAAAUGGUUUUGAAAAAUACAAUCAGUGAAAAAUUGAUUGGAAAUUUUUUAUCGGCCACUUUGAUAGAAACACAGUUAUCAAACGCACUGGAAAAAUAUGUUGUUGUUGAAUCUGAUGAAGUGUUACCGGGAAUUCAAAAUGUGCUAUACAACAAGAACAACGACAAAACAACAUUUGCAUCCAGCUCGCUCUUCACAGAUGACUUCCCUUUGAUCGAGUUUUCUGCGUUAUCAACGAAUGACCCAAAACUUAAUUUUGUUCUCCUUAUUUUAAUAAAGAUUCAAAAAUUAACUCAAAAUCAUAAUGUGAUAGAAAUAUCACAAAAAUCAAAAAAACUUACACUUGUGGAAAAUGCUGAUGCAGUGUGUGAUGCCUUGAAUGAUUUAUUAAAACAGUUAGAAACGUAUUUACAAUCAAUAAACACAGGAAAAUUAUCACAAUCAGGUGGGAUUUUGAUUCCUGUAUUCAAACAUGUUGUAGACUUUUCACCUGUACUGUUGAAUCAUAAGGUUAUAAGAAAGUGGAUGAUCAAUGCAGCAGUCAGUUUGAUGUUCUGUAAUCUAACCUGGUCAGAUGACUGCAAAACAUUGCUGGAGAAGGCUUUCGAUUUUUUCCCAGAUUCUUCUCAAGAUGGAAUUUCUUUCUUGGUGUUAAAGAUUGCUGCCAAGAGGCUGUCAGAAUACAUUCCUAACAAGAUGCUGCCGCCAUUUACUUCGCCACCACCAAAAAUGGAUCCUGCUAAAAUGGUGACCGGCAUCCUUCAGAAUAAAAAGCUGUUGAAAAUAGACAGCUUUGAUGAAGUGAAGAUUGUGUUCCAAGGAAUAGAAAAAUACAUGCAAAUAUUGAGAAAAGUCAAUAUUGAAAGUUUGUCUUUGGAAGAAACAAUGCCAGUCUUUGGUCAUCUUUUAUCCUGUUCCAAGAUUUUGGAGAAUAUUGUAAAGAAAUAUUGUGAAAUGGCUUCUACAGAUGAUUUUUCAAUUUUCAAACAGCUGAUCUCAUUCAUACUAAAAAUAGUCGGAAUUAAAAGAAUUGAUUUGCUUCAAUGUUGUGAACCUGUAGAAAUCUUGAAAUAUUUUAUCGGAAUCAAAGAGUUAGUUGAUAAUGAUCUGCAGGACUCAUUAAAUGCAUUGCUUCAAGAAACCAUAUUUACGUGUUAUCAUAAUUCAUCAACCAAUGCCAGGGCAAUAUUGAAGACCUUUUCAAAAGCAGCUGACAAUGAUGUUUCAAUGGAAUUGAUUUCUGUACAAAUCCGUGCUCUGAUCAGUCUUUUAUCAUUUGAUGAUGGAGAUUUCUUAUACGGAAAGAAAUUUCAGUCUGGUUGUAGGAAAAGAAAAAUGAGAAACGAAAUUCAAAUUUGUAAAAAACUUAAACUUGAUUCCUCUGUAGAAGGCAACGAUUUUUCACCAAAGAUUCUUUCAGAUGAUUUGAACUCAUUGUAUCAAGAAGUUUGUCAAGUGUUUAACAAGAGAAGAAAAGAUUUGAGCAAAAGCCAUUUCGCUGUAUUAUCAUCUUGUAUUGAUGCUUACAAUUUACUGAUCUCUCAUGAAAAUCAAUACCAAGUUAGCAUUGAUGACAAUGUUGUUGAAAUUUUCAAAUCUAAUGUAAAUAUUGGAACUGAUGACAGUAAAAAUCAAGCCUUCAUUGCAAAGCUUCACUUUUUGGGGUCCUGUCUUCAGUUGAAAGAAGUAGAAUACACGUAUGAUAAAUCUCAUAUUCUGAAUCUGGUCAAAUAUUUUGGAAAGGAUUGUCAAAAUGCUCAUUUCCAACAUGCAUUGAAAAGAUGUAUUUUAUGCUUCUUAUGGAAAACACCACUCCAGUAUAUUCAAAAAGAUGUUUUUGAUGAGGUUAUUUUGAAUUUGCGAUGUGGAGAUGAUGAAAAUAUUAAAAGUAAUAUCAAGUUUGCUUCUCUUCUGCUCGAUUCUGGUUUACUCAAUGAAACUGGUCAAGAUGAUGAUCAAAAAGUAUCGAGAAUUAUCAGUUCAAGAUUUGUCAAAUCAUUACUCGAGUCUCUCAAUGUUUACUCAACCAAGGUCUCACUUGACAUCAACACUAUGAAUGUUACAACAUUGAUUUCCGCAAAUCAAAUUGUUACAAAAAUUGUCAAGAUUAAAUGGGUGAGACUCCAGGCAAUCGAAAUUUGCAAUAUUUUUGAUGCAAUUUUUGGAAUCCCUCUCGAAAAAAUACAUGAGUUGAAAGGUGCUAAUGUGAUGUAUGAAGCAUUCCAUUCAUGCUAUGACGUCAUUCAUUGCAUAAUUAUCCAUCACAAAGACAUCGGACACCUUGCUGCUAUCUGUAAUUCUGCAUUUAGAAAGAUGUUGAAAGCCGCACUGCAUCUCGGAAAACAGAAGUCGGAUUCCAUUAUUGAUUCUUCUGAACUUCUGCAUGAUAAUGAAAAUUAUAAUAAAUCAAUAAAAUGUGCAGGAUUAUUGGAAAAACUGUUUCAACUUGUUGCUGACAAUUACAAGAAAGAUUUUUUAAAGUGCAUGUCAUAUGUUGUGGCAGAUUACAUCUGUAUCACUACUUCGGAUACCAUUGUUCCAUUUGUGAAAAAAUUCUUCACUAGAGCAAUUUACCAUCUCAUAUCUGUGAUGGAUGAAUUUGAUGUUGCUAUGAUUCGGAAGGCUUUACCUGCUGGUGUUCGCGAUGUUUUUCAGACAUUGUAUAUUGAUUAUGGUAGAAACUUUAAAUACAAGGGAUUUGUUUGAAAGUUGGUUACCUAUAUCUUUGGGGGCCGUAACAAGAAUAAAUUGGUUCCUGUA